CUUUGCAGCUGCUGUGUCUCUUCGUCGUCUGGGAAGAAAACUUUCACAUUAAGAGUUGCUGAUGCGGAUUUUCUUUCUUUCCUCUCCCGGCGUUGAUGAGUGCUUGGCUCCUGACAGAAGCGAUUUGGCUCCCAGCUUUGUAGUUCGGAAGAAGUUGGGUCUAUAGAUUUCCCCCUAACUCUCCGUUGAUGUGUUGAGCUUCAGAGGGAAUAAUAACUCCACGUACAGCAUGUUGGCGUCUCAAGGAGUCCUCCUGCAUCCCUAUGGUGUGCCUAUGAUUGUACCGGCAGCUCCUUACCUCCCUGGACUGAUUCAGGGUAAUCAGGAAGCAGCCGCUGCCCCUGACACAAUGGCUCAGCCUUACGCUUCGGCCCAGUUCGCUCCCCCGCAAAACGGUAUCCCCGCGGAAUACACGGCCCCUCAUCCCCACCCCGCGCCAGAGUACACAGGCCAGACCACGGUUCCCGAGCACACGUUAAACCUGUACCCUCCCGCCCAGUCGCACUCCGAGCAGAGCCCGGCGGACACGAGCGCCCAGACCGUCUCCGGCACCGCCACACAGACAGAUGACGCAGCACCGACGGAUGGCCAGCCCCAGACACAACCUUCCGAAAACACGGAAAACAAGUCUCAGCCCAAGCGGCUGCAUGUCUCCAACAUCCCCUUCAGGUUCCGGGAUCCGGACCUCAGACAAAUGUUUGGUCAAUUUGGUAAAAUCUUAGAUGUUGAAAUUAUUUUUAAUGAGCGAGGCUCAAAGGGAUUUGGUUUCGUAACUUUCGAAAAUAGUGCCGAUGCCGACAGGGCGAGGGAGAAAUUACACGGCACCGUGGUAGAGGGCCGUAAAAUCGAGGUAAAUAAUGCCACAGCACGUGUAAUGACAAAUAAAAAGACCGUCAACCCUUAUACGAAUGGCUGGAAAUUGAAUCCAGUUGUGGGUGCAGUCUACAGUCCCGAAUUCUAUGCAGGCACGGUCCUGUUGUGCCAGGCCAACCAGGAGGGAUCUUCCAUGUACAGUGCCCCCAGUUCACUUGUAUAUACUUCCGCAAUGCCAGGCUUCCCGUAUCCAGCUGCCACCGCCGCGGCAGCCUACCGAGGGGCGCACCUGCGUGGCCGCGGCCGCACCGUGUACAACACCUUCAGGGCCGCGGCGCCCCCGCCCCCGAUCCCGGCUUACGGCGGAGUAGUGUAUCAAGAGCCUGUGUAUGGCAAUAAAUUGCUGCAGGGUGGUUAUGCUGCAUACCGCUACGCCCAGCCUACCCCAGCCACUGCCGCUGCCUACAGUGACAGAAAUCAGUUCGUCUUCGUUGCAGCAGAUGAAAUUUCUUGUAACACCUCUGCAGUUACGGACGAGUUUAUGCUGCCGACCCCUACCACCACACACUUGCUCCAGCCGCCACCUACGGCGUUGGUGCCAUGCCCCAAGGUUCCAGCCCCAGCACAGACUUCAGAGGAGCUAAGCUGCACACUUCCAGGCCUCUGCUGUCAGGCAGCUGAGAAUCUGACUGCCUCUCCUCCCCUAUUACAAUUCAUGUUUAAAGUCAUAGUCGCCCAGGAAAGAAAAUAGACAGAGGGGCACACUUUGUGUACCUAAGUACAUAAGAAAGUAGAAGGAAUCAGCUGGGUUCGGGGGUUGUCUUUUGUUUCGGGGCAGGUCUGGGUUUUUGUUUGGGGAGGGGGUGGGGGGAGGGUAAAACACGGGAGGUAAGGGUGGGGUGAAUCUGCCUGUACUUGUUCAAACUUCUAUGCACUAAAACUCUUGAGUACAGUAAGGCGUGCCCAUCACGUGAGAGCAUAUGCAAUCAUUACAAAGCUUUGGCAUGCAGUUUUCUGCUUGGAUCAAGAACAUCAGUCCUUAUCCUAAACAUGAAUUCCCAUAGGCAUUCAUUUGAAUUGCCAAUACUUUUAGAAAAAGGAAAUCGUUAAGUGCCACCUUGUAGCCACUAAAGCCAUGGCCAGACAGUUCACUGAAGCUCGGUCAUAGAAAUUCAGCCUUGAUUUCGAAACAUUGUUUUGCACAAACUUAAUUACAUCAAGCAAUUCAUCUGUACCACUCCUUUCUCAAGAUCAGAUUCCAUACAGCUUGCAGAGCCAAGUCAAGAAGCAGAUUGAGAUUUGCAUCCCAAUCCUGCAUUCAACAACUCCGCUUCAACACCUAGUCCGCAUGAGGAAUGUGUUGGGAAGGAGAGUUGAAUUAGUUUCAUUCAAUAAACUGUCUAAAUUCAACCUCAAAUGUCGCUAAUUCUGUUCCCUCGGGGAAAGCCUACUCAGUCCAAGAAAAAUAAAAACGAAGAGAGACAGAGAAAAUCCUUCAGUUGUCCAGCUUAGGACAGAGUCCUUUUAGCAAAGAGGACUGGCUGAAAGAAUUUGGUUUUACAGGGAAUUUCUUUACGAGGAGCUAUUGAGGAAGGUCAGGAAUGGCCCUAUCUUUAGUUCUCUGAGAAUGACCUGGGAGGGGUAGGGGGUGCCUCCAUUUCGGUCGGUUUUGAGUGUCUAUUUUUCACAUUAGUCUUUUUGAUGAUCCACAUGUUGCAAAAGGAAAAUGUAAAAAACACACCCCUCAAAUUGC